AUGGCAAGGAAGUGGCAGAAGGUAGCGGGCAUUGGAGAGAAGAGAAUAUCGUUGCCGAAAUGCGAAGGCCGUUGUAUCGCCGAAAAAGGCCAUUUCGUGGUCUACAGUAGCGAUCGAAAACGGUUUGUGAUUCCGUUAGGGCAUCUCAAGAGUGGCGUAUUCAGAGAGCUCUUGAAGAUGUCGGAAGAGGAAUUUGGACUGCCGAGAGAUGGGCCGAUUAUGCUUCCGUGUGAUGCGGCAUGCUUAGAACUCCUUCUCUCCCUUAUGAAAGAGAGGUUUCGCUCAAAAUCUAGAGCAAGCUUUUCUUCUUUCCCCGUUGAGACCGAGGUUGUUGCAAAUGAGUACCUCAUUUCUCUAAAGUGA